UUUUUUUAUUUAAGAAAGCAUUUCAUGGGAAUUUCAAGAGACAGUAGACAUAAAAGAAGACUCACAGGAGGUCGUAUGCCCAUCCAUAAGAAAAAGAGAGCCUUCGAAAAAGGAAGAUAAGCAGCAAUGACUAAAUUGGUAUCAGGAGAAAAAAGAGUAAGAAGAAUAAGAGUCAGAGGAGGAAAUUUCAAAUUCAGAGCCCUUCGUUUAUCUGAAGGCAAUUUCUCUUGGGGAAGCCAAGGCAUUGCUAAAAAAGCUAAAAUUGUAGAAGUUGUUUAUCAUCCAUCAAAUAAUGAAUUGGUCAGAACAAAGACACUUACUAGAGGUGUGAUUGUUUAAGUAGAUGCUACCCCAUUUAGAUAAUGGUAUGCAAAGAAAUAUAAUGUAGAAUUGGGAUCAAAGAAGAAGGACAAGAAAGAAGGACAACCUGAAGCAACUAAGAAAUCAAGAAGUCUUAUUAAGAAGUUAGAAUAAAGAGCAAAAGACAAUGCCAUUGAUGCAUUGGUUUAAGAAUAAUUUACAAAUUAAAGAUUAUUGGUAAGAAUUACAUCAAGACCAGGAUAAUCAGGAAGAGCUGAUGGAUACAUUUUGGAAGGAAAGGAAUUAGAAUUUUAUAUUAAGAAAGUCGAAUAAAAGAAGAAAUGAUUGCAUUAUUAAUACAUUAUAUCGCACAAAAUUGGUACAUUAAUAUAUAUUUAAUUAAA